AUGUCUUCAGUCGCAGCUUAUUACAAUGGAAAGGCCGUGCUCAUCACAGGAGCUACAGGUUUCAUGGGCAAAGUACUGAUGGAAAAGCUACUGCGCUCCAGUCCCAAUGUGAAAACUGUUUAUAUCCUUGUGAGACCAAAGGCGGGGCAGUCAAUGCAGGAGAGAGUGGCAAACAUGUUACAAUGCAAGGUCUUUGACAGAGUCCGAGAAGAUUAUCCUAAUUUCCAAGAGAAGAUUAAACCUAUUAAUGCAGAACUCAUCCAGCCAAAUCUGGCCAUCAGCCCCAAGGACUCUGAGGAUCUCCUGUCCCAAGUCAACAUUGUCUUCCACUGUGCAGCAACAAUUCGUUUUGAUGAGCCACUAAAACGUGCCCUACAGCUGAAUGUCCUUGGCACACAACGGCUCAUAGAGUUGGCUCGCCAGAUGCAGAAGCUCGAGGCCUUCAUCCACAUCUCUACUGCCUAUGCAAACUGUAACCAGAAACACAUAGAUGAAAUAAUCUACCCACCCCCUGUUGAGCCCAAGAAGCUCUUUGGCCUAGUGGAGUGGAUGGAUGAGUCUAUCAUUGAAGACAUCACACCCAAGCUGAUUGGGGAGUGGCCCAAUACUUAUGCAUACACCAAAGCCUUGACAGAGUACCUGCUCCAACAGGAGAAAGCCAACUUGAACAUUGCCAUCAUCAGGCCAUCCAUCGUAGGAGCCAGUUGGCAUGAGCCUUUCCCAGGCUGGAUUGACAAUUUCAAUGGAACAAGUGGCAUAAUGAUUGCGGCUGGCAAAGGGAUUCUCCGAACAAUGAUUGCCAAUAAUGAUGCAGUAGCUGAUUUGAUUCCAGUUGAUGUUGUCAUCAACCUCACUCUAGUAGCUGGGUGGUACACUGCAGUCCACAGACCAAAAAACAUGAUGGUGUACAACUGUACAACAGGUGGGAUCAACCCCUUCUCCUGGGGAGAGAUGGAAUACCACGUCUUGUCCACCUUCAAAAGGAACCCCCUAGAACAGGUUUACAGAACACCCUGUGCUCAACUCACCUCAAACUACCUGAUUAACCGGUACUGGAUAGCAGUCAGCCAUAAGGCUCCAGCCUUGAUCUAUGAUCUGUACUUGAGACUAACCGGAAGAAAACCCAGGAUGAUGAAGAUCCUUGAUAGGCUGCACAAGAAUCUGAUGCUUCUGGAAUAUUUCACCACUCAGUCUUGGGAAUGGUCCUCAGAUAACAUGAACAUGUUAAUGGGACAGCUCAGUCCAGAGGACAAGAAACUGUACAACUUUGAUAUUCGCCAGCUGCAUUGGUCAGAAUACAUUGAAAACUACUGCCUGGGUGCUAAGAAAUAUUUACUGAAUGAAGACAUGUCUGGGAUUCCUGCAGCAAAACAGCACUUAAGAAAGCUAAGGAACAUCCGGUAUGUGUUCAACACCACCCUCCUCGUGAUCAUCUGGCGGAUUUUCAUUGCGAGGUCGCAGAUGGCUCGGAACAUCUGGUACUUUGUGGUGAGCCUCUGCUACAAGUUCCUUUCCUACUUCAGGGCAUCCAGCACCCUCAGGCAUUGAAAUGGUCAGUCAACAGCCAGCCUCUUUCAGAAGAACCUUCAUCUCCUCUAAACAGCAACUGUGGGCAUCUGGGCUUGAAAGUAGCAGGGAAUUCAUCAAUACCAACAGCAGCCUGCAGUUAAUAUGCACCAUUGUUCUCUCACCAUUAUCUUUUUACUAGUGCUUUAACAUGUAAUGGUCUUUCCUCCAUAGGAUCAGGCUAAUUUUAAAGCCAUAACUGAAGCUUUAUGCACAGGUCAUUCUGGGAUCUGUCCAAUUCUGAUGUGCAAGAGUACGGAUUAACCAAAGUCGCUGUCUUCCCAUCCGUAGCCUAGAGCUAAGUCUCUCUCACCCUCACCUCCCUUCUUAAUAUAUCUAUGUUUAAAGGCAAACACUUUUGGGAAGUUCUAUGGUAAGACAAAGAACUCUCAAAGAAAUCAGUCAUACAGAGGAUUUCUUUAUAAGGUAUUCACCAAUUCUCAGUGAACAAGGCCAAAUGGGCCCCAUACCUUAUUGGAAAAUGUGAUUCUACAUUUUCAAUCACCAAAAACAAAGGAAAAUAAGGGAAAACAAGUGUCAUGGCUAAGUGGUGAAGGUGGUUUUGAUUUCCAUCUUGUUGCUGUGAAGGACUGAUACUUUCAAGCCCUGAUUGAAGAAAUGCACAGAAAACCAUGUACCCUUUUUAACUGCACUAAUACAUGCAAGCUACUUUCUUAUGGAGCAGCCUUAGUUUCAUUAUAGCUGAGGUUGCAAUCUAGUUUCAAUGUAAAAAACAAAUCAAAACAACCUGGUUUUUCACCUCUCUAACUUGGGCUUGGAAAAUUUGCUUAGCCUUAAAAUUGCUCUAUUUACUCUGAAGACAAAAGGAGAAGACUUCUGCAAAGAUUGAAGAAAAAUUGUCAAGCUGUUUUUGAGGUAUAUUGUCAUUAAAGCUUACCUUGACUUACAGCUUUGACUUUUGUGUAACAUUUCUUUAUCUCCCUCUAGCUCAAAAACAGCUUGUUACUACCCUUCAAGCUUUCCAUACAGCUAAAUCUCUCCAGCUAAAUCUCCUUGAAAAAUUAAACACUGGCAAUGUUGAUGGAAGUGGAAUUAAACAGUUAAUAACAGUACCUAUUAAUCAUAUCAACCUGCUUCUGCUCUCCACUGAUGUCACAGUGGUGGUUACAGGCCCAAAAUCCCAUUUUCAUUGAUGACAUUUGGAGUUAUUUGUCAUUGACUUCUGUGAAGAUUGCAUACCCUGUGUAUGAAAAUAUUACAAGAUUUCAGUUAGAAGGAGUCUAAGGGCUUCUUGUAGAGCCUGAUAUCUAAGAGCGAUUCCCAUUUAAUGCAAGUGCCAGAGGCCAGCAGUUUUGGAACUGUGAAACCAAGAUUAUAGUGCGUGCUUUGCAAGUGUGAGUGGUUUAUUGGGUAGAGAUGCUGGCUUCUUCAGCCCUACUGAUCCAAUUAGGGUCCCAUUAAAAGGCUGAUUUUGUAGGUCCAAAACAGACAAGUUGGCAUUCUAUCAUGUUUUUAAAGCGUUAAAUGUAAUUGAUUUAACAGGAAUUAUAACUGGAACCAUAUCUUUACAUUUUGAUUAAAUUCCCUAUCUACUUUUUUAAGCUUUAAAGGACUUUGCUUCCUUUCGUCUUCCAACAAAGUAGCGUUCUACCACAAAAUUUGAUGCAAAAGGCUGUUUUCAAGGCCAAAAACAGUAAAACAUUUGAAAACUAGAUCCGUUAACAACAAUGAAGGCAACAAAGUUAAAACAAUAAUAACGGGGAAUAUUUGGGGCUCCAACUUCCCAGCUGGUCCAGACUUCUUUCUAAAAAGUCAAAGGAACUCAUAAAGUGACUCCUGCUUCUGGACCCAUUUUCUAGAUCAUUGGAUGUUUUUACACAUGUGGAGUGGGGGUGGGGGGAAAGGACAUUUUAAUUAGAGCGACACUGAGAGCCACUCUAAUUAAAGCAUCUAGAGCAUCUCCUGUAUCAGCGUCCCCAUGCUUCACAAUGGCCACAGGGGCGCUUUAUCUAAGGCUUGUUGAACAACCUUUAGAUGAAGUGCUCCCACCACCAUUUUGAAGCGUGGGGACACUGAUACAUGAGACGCAGAGGCUGGCUGGAGCACAGCAAGUGCCCCUGCCACCAUUUUUAAGUGCGGGGACACUGGUACAUGAGACAUGGUGGCACUUUAAUUACAGCGGCUCUCGGAGCUGCUCUAAGUAAAGCACUGCCCCCAACCAGCCUCCGAGCACGUGUAAAGGUACCCUCAGUGACUAAGUUUAAGCAAGUUGCCACAGGAUGCUUAUGGUAGAGCCCAGCUCUCCGAAAUGGAGCUAGACGUUUCCCAUGAGGCAUCUCGUUUUAAAUCUGUGAACCUAGUUCGCUCUAUAUCUGAAGCUUUCUUAUCUGUUACCCACUUCUUUUUUCAGAUGGGGUAAGAAAGUCGCAGAGAGGUUAAGUACUAUGCAGGGCUCUGCAGGACUCCUUCAUUAGCUAGUCUCACUGCUGUUCUUUGAUGAGUUGAUAACCCAUCUGUCCCCUGCAUGUAAAACAUAUUAUCUUCAAGUACUAACGCAAAAUACAAAUGAAAAGCUAAAAAUAAAAAAAGAAUACCAGAGCCACUGAAAACAAAAACUUAGUUUAAAAAACAAAACCUUACCAAUGCUAAUUAGCAUCAAUAAAUUACAAAACCCAAGCACUUAAAGGAAGCAAAUGAUUAAGGAAACCAUAAACUUUAUGCUACCUAGAUAACAGGCAAAUCAGGCUCCAAUCCUACAAUUACAUGCACAAGGACAGGCCACUGAGGUCACUGGGUCUCUGCAAGAUCUGAUUGAAAGAUGUAGGCCUUAUUGUUGGGCUCCAAGUUAGGCUUUUCGCCACACUCCAUUUCUUCUGAUCAGACCUUCUUAUGGUCUCUCCAGGAUACUUACAUGGUUUGUGUCCUUCCCAGCAAUGUGUCUCUGUACGUCUUGAUGUUUUCCCAGCACUGAGUUGAAGGUUUUAUUCAGGGUGCUGUUUUAAUUUUUAAAGGUUUUAAUUUUUAGAGACCCCUCAAUAUUUUAACAAAGGUAACAAUAGCAAAACAGAUCCUUGUCCUUGAAUUGACCCCUCUUCAUUUUUAAGCAUGCUUCAAACACAGACCUUUGAUCACCUUCUAUGUGGCAAACCACAGCCAGCCCUGCAGUCUUCUUUUCAUGCCUGAGGAACUCAGCAGCUGGCACUUGAGCUGUGCUGCCUUUCCCAAGUGAAGGGCUAUAUUGCUCAUAUCUGCUAGACCUGAGUGUACAUAUGGAGAGACUUGGACCUUUCAUCCAAGCUUUCAUGCAUCUCCAGAACUCUUCUACUUACUAUCUGGACCACAGAAAGGUCUUGGAGAAGCUCAGCAAAUAGGACUCUGGCAGUGAUGUUUUGAGAGUUGAGACUCUGUGACUUUACUCUGCUCCCUAACAUUUUCUCCCAGUGAACUCAAAACCCCAGAAAUAAUAUCUAAGAAAAAU